AACCAACCUCUCGUUUCCAUAUAAACACCUUUUUCUCUCUCUCUCUCUCUCCCUUCACUUCAGCUCUCUCAACUCAACUCAACUCAACGCAACCAACUCUUCUUCUCUUCCCUUCUCAAUUUUCCAUCCACGGUUCUUCGAUAUGAGUUCCAAGAUCUGCAGAUCUAUUUCCGGAGCCGCCAGGUCCAUCCUCGCUGCUUCCCGCACCUCUCGCGCUUAUUCCACUGGAGGCAGAGCCGCGGCUUCCGCAGCAGCAGUAUCGCUACGAGAAAGGUUGCCUUCUCUUGCUUCAAUCUAUAAGAAUGCUGGAUCUGGAUACGCAUCUAGAGAAUGGAUUUCAGGACUGCUUGCUCUUCCUGCUGGAGUUUUCAUGCUCCAGGAGCAGGAAGCACAUGCCGCAGAGUUCGAGCGCACGUUUAUAGCCAUCAAGCCUGAUGGUGUACAAAGAGGGCUGAUAUCAGAAAUCAUAUCCCGUUUCGAGAGGAAAGGGUUUAAACUCGUAGGCAUUAAAGUUAUUGUCCCAUCAAAGGAAUUUGCUCAGAAGCAUUAUCACGAUCUGAAGGAAAGACCCUUCUUUAAUGGCCUCUGCGAAUUUCUUAGCUCUGGCCCCGUCAUUGCAAUGGUUUGGGAAGGCGAGGGAGUGAUCAGAUAUGGACGAAAACUUAUUGGAGCAACAGAUCCACAGAAAUCUGAGCCUGGUACCAUUCGAGGAGAUCUAGCUGUUGUAGUUAGCAGGAACAUCAUCCAUGGAAGCGAUGGGCCAGAGACUGCAAAGGAUGAGAUCAACUUGUGGUUCAAGCCAGAGGAAUUGGUUAGCUACACAAGCAAUGCAGAGAAAUGGGUCUAUGGAGAUAACUGAUGAGUUUUCCUAUCCCUUUUUUCUUUUUUCUUUCUUCUUGUCAUUCUUCCUUUGGGUUUGGGUUUGGGUUUUAAUUUACUCGAGCUUUGGCAACAGUACCCGUGAAGAGAAGAGCGUCGGGUAUUUUCAUAAUUGUGCCGAUAAAAUAAUGCGCUGAGCCCAAGCUAUAUGAAUGGCUCAUUGAUAUAUAUGCUUACCAAAGCAUAACAAUUUUCUUAGAGAGUUUUACCACAAUAAACAAACAGUUGAAUAGUAUAAUAACUUACUUAGUUGCUGAUAUAUAUAUAAAUAUAUUAUCCCAUAAUUUUGAUUCUUCAUUA